UGUUAAACAUGGCAACGAGUCACUAGAUUAUUUGUUGAACUUAUGUGAAGGAUUGCUGGAAGACACAAGCUGUCAAAAGUGAUCACGAAAACGAGAUCACGAAAAAAAAAGUGUAAAUUGGGAGAUCUGCGAUAUCUGGAGAAUUUCAGGAAGAGGGAAUUUGUCAGCAGGAAUUCUCCGAGACGAGCAAUUUAUCUUAGCGACGAAACUUGCUUUGACAGUUCCUAGACCCUCCUCCGCUAUUUUCGGCAGUCAGCAUGAUCGAAGGGCUUUGGGGACGAGAAUGGAAUUUGUGUGAGCUCAGGUGAAGCAAGCCUUGAGAUAAUCGCAUUGCCCGCUUGUCUAUAAGCAUUUGACUGAUCGCCUUUUUAAGACAACCCUACCACCACACAGCCAGAGCACUGCCAUUAGACUGAUCACUAAACUGAAGAAAAUAACCUCAACGCCGAACACCUAUGACAAAUAUAGACGAUGACUUGAUGUCGAUAUUAUCAUUAUGCUGGAGCAGGAGGCUCAUGUCGCCCCACUGACACAAGCAAACGUCCUGAAGCAUCAAUCGCAAAUCAUUCUAGACCAAGCCUCGACAGUUAAGCCGACUGGAAAAAAAAACGUCGUGGAGUUGGGCCGACAUAGAUCGGAGGGCGACGGCGAAAGUGCCAAAGCUAUCCUCGACGAACAUGGGAGAAUGAACUCUGCUGACCCCGUGAGUGACGAUAAACAUUUUAGUAGAGCGUCUAUUUGGAAAGAGGAGGAGAGAGGAGAUAAAACUCAGGAUGCGUCAGGAAAAAAUCCCAACACAACCAGUAUCGACGGGGAACAUAACGCAGAGAAGAGAGAAGAUGUUGAGAACGACAACACUCAAGGUGAAUCAGGAGAAGGAACGAGAAAACACAUUGAUAAUGGCGAUGAGAGGAAAGACACGAAUGAUGACGAUGAGACGAAACAUGAAGAUUUUAAUGCCUCAGAAGAACAUUCUCUAAAAACGAACAACGACGAUAGCAAAGAUAAAACAGGGAGAAAGAGCAAUCAAGAGGCUCCCGCUAGUCAGGGUGUUUUAAAAAACAAUACUACAGCUAACGAAGGCGAUAUCAAUGCAUCUGGUGACUUGAAUGGUGAAGGCAAUAUAAAUAAAGCCAAUUUGACGGAGCAAGAUGAAAGCACAAGCACAAUUAAGGCUAACGAGGAAAAUACUCAAACGAAUUCUAAUCCAACAAGUGCUGAUAAUAAUGAUGUUCAAAGUACGAAAAAUAACGAUGAGUCCGAGGCUAAUCCACAAACGAGUGUUCAAGGGGACAAAGAAGACGAUGUAAAACCUAAAAACUACGAAGGAAACGUUGAGGAUCUGGGAGGUGUUCAGAAAAAGGAUGAAAGUGUGAAAGAUGAGGAUGAAGAGGAAGAGAGUGAACAGGAAGAGGAUAAAUACGAGGAGAAAAAAGUAAAAUAUCUUACGUAUGAGAGUAGUGAUGAGCAAAUGUACGAUACUGAUGACCUGAACGACGAUGACACGCGAGGCGAAUAUGACGAUUAUGAAGAGAUGCUACGUAAACAGAUGGAAGAGGCUGAAACUCCGACAGAAAGCGAAAGUGAGGAUGAGGAAAAACCCGAACACAAGCCAAGGGAAGAUAGCGAGGACGUGACCUCAAGGACAAGUAGUGAUUUUACAUUGGCGACCGAAAGUGAGGAGGAGGAAGAAGAGGAGGAGGAGGAGGAGGAGGAUGAUGAGUUGAUAGGCGACCCAGAUGUUCUCGAGGCCUUAAAAACAGCUAAAGCACGCGAGAACGAAGAUCUUUUGCUGCUUGCCGCUGAUGCAGACGGUAAUGAAGAAAGUGAUUACACGAUAACGGAAGACGAGGGCAGUGUAGUAAGCAGUAUCCCUACUUUCUACGAGGGUGAACAGAAGUUGGAGGACGAUGAAGAUGAACCGACCAGUCGAACAUCAACAGCACUGGAUGAACAACCAUCAGAGGACGCGGAAAUGUCACGUGUGCAAAGCGAGAGUGAAGAGUUGUCAGACGACAUAGGCAGCGAUAUAAGAACUCCCUCCAUUCCUUUAUUACAACAAAAGACAGUAGCUCGCCCUCCGACACGACUAGUUAGUGGCAAGUCCGCAACUCCGAGUCCUGAAUCAGAUUCCGAAAAGUUCGAUGAAUUUGAGGGAACUGUUUUCGAUGUUGAAGAUGCAAAAUUUGAAGCAAGUCCCUCUCAGUCACGUGCUUAUGCAUCUAGCGCCCGCACUCCUCUCCAUCCGAUUAAAGCAAAAUAUGGACAGCGGUCUGCCAACUCACCCGGCCCUGAUCAGAGAGGGAGACUGAGUGCAUCAUAUGCACCUCUUCGUUGUCACGUGGCAACACCGUCAAUACAAAGCAGGAAGAAAAGAACCACACGGAUCUCUAAUAAUCAAUCUAAGGUCUCUAAAAUGACUGGCGUUUCUAAACAAAAUCCCAGACCCAGGAGACCAAGACGAGAGAGACACGUUGAGGUUGAUGAUUUGAGCUCUGAUGAGUGCGAAGCAGUGGAAAAUCAAAAUGAAAUUAAGAAGAAAAAGCGCCGAAAAAAGAGCAGGAGGACCAGUAAUACGCAGCCAAGCGAUAGGCGGGCUACUAGUGACUCUGCGUUCUUCGAGAGUGGAACAGUAAGCAGAGAGCAAAGCUCGCCAAGCUUAGCUCCAAGCGACAGCCCGUACAGUGGCAACAGCUCAGGGGAGGAUUGGGACAUUUACUCGUCCGCACAACCUACAGCUGUACACGACCUUCCUGAUGAGCCCUAUGAAAACCGACCACCUUCUGAUGAUCAAUGCCAUUAUAAGGAAAGACCACCCUCGUUAAGUCGAACCCCAGAGGUGGGUUCUGGUCAUCGAACUCCAUCCGCUGCUUCCUCGGGCUACUAUCGUAGAACAUCGCCGGUGGAAAGUCAUCGAUCUAACAGCACUGUCCAAUCAUUGGCCUCUUCUCGGUAUACCGGACAGACAUCGAUUAUUAGCAGGAUUCGAGUGGUUAAUAACAGGCCUUCAUCGGUAGGUAGGAGACCAUACUGGCCUGUUGAUGGCCGACUGAGGAAUUUACCGCCGCUAAAAGAGAGGAAGAGGCAGGAGGAGAAGGAGACACACUGGACCACAAAAAUGAUGGCAUUGAUCGAGAAGAGCGCACAAACAAAACAAAAAACAAAGAAUAAGAAAUCUCUAUCAGCCGACUCACAACCUUUGCAAGUGUCAACUGUUGUACAGCGAGCACUCUCUGCUAACAGGAAAAGGGUGACCAAACUCCACAACACAGUUGAAGAACUUCAGCAAGAGGUUGAUGAUCUUCGCAAGGAGAACAGAAUGCUUAAGAAAGUAAACAUGAGACAGGAGAGAGAUUUACGACAUGUUGAUCAAGAAGAAGCAGCUUUACCCAUGCUACUGCAGCGACACAGUGCUGAAAUGAGGACACUUCGCGAGCGCUUGAAGCGCAACAAGCAGGAUUUGAUCAGAAAAGAGAAAGAAGCACAUGACCAUGACGCAGAGAUUAAUAUAUUACGGGACAAACUCAGCCACUUCAAGCAGCUGGCUAAUAAUAAGAAACUUGAAGAGCGUGAAAAAUUAGCUCAAAGACUGGAAAGAGUUGAACAGGAAAUGGCUGCUAAGGAUAAAAAGAUAUCUGAGUUGCAAAAGACCAUCAAUAUGUCAGAAAAGGCAAGACAGAGAGAGCUCAAGGAACACCGUAACCGGUACAAAAACGCCAAGGAGGAGCUCAAAAAAGUCCAGGACGAUUUUGCAGCGCUGAGACAGAAACUCCAGGAGAAAGAAAAACAGCUAGAACAGACAAAUAUUUAUCAUCAGCAAAUACAGCGUGGGAAGAAAAAAGGAGAAAUUUUGGCGCUCCCUGCUAGCUCAGAGGCCCCACAAACAGUGGCUGAUCACGAAAGAUUGACGAACUGCGCCGAACGUAAGCCGAACAACGUACAUAGUAUUCUCGAGGAAAACGAAAUGUUGUCGGACCGUUCCGAACACAAGCCAAAAUCCUUCUUCAUGACUCAUGCACCUAGCGAUACGGCGUCUGUUGCCACUGAAGUACCGAGCAUGCGCAGUAGUGAUAAGGAAACCGUGAGGUCUGAUGGGAAAGAUGUGGACGAUAGCGGAAGUCUUGAGCUACGCAGACAGCGAGAAGAGGCGAGAAGGCUAGAGGAACAGAGACGGCGAGAAGAGGAAGAGAGGACCAGAAGAGAGAAGGAGGAGGCGCAGAGGAGGGAGGAAGAGGAAGCGCUGAUGAAAAGAGAAGAGGAAGAGCGUAGGGAUGCGGAGAGAAAACGGGAGGCGGAAAGGAAAAUUAGAGAGGAAGAGGAAGCGAGACUUAGAAAGCAGAAAGAUGAGGAGGAUGAGCGGACAAGAAGGGAAAAGGAGCAAGCAGAACGAAAGUUCGAGGAGGAUGAUGAAGCACGCAGAAAAAAGGACCUCCUUCUUGCAAGAAUGCGAGCUAUCGAUAAUCAGCAGAAACCAAACGGCAUCAUCGACGAGGGGCUUGACUUCUCAUCAAAACAAACCAAACCGAAGAAAACACCGAUAUUCCUCCAGGGAUCUAUAGAUAAACCCAAGCCUCCGGAAGAGCCAAAGAAAAAAAAUGAAAACGAACUAUUAACCGAAAACAAUCGGAAAAUGUCCGGUGCAAGUUCCACUCGGUCCAAACACAGUGUUUCUUACGAUUUUAAAGAAAGUGUUCAGAACUUGCAUCAUGGGCUGCCUGCUCACCCUUCCGAACAGCACUUCCGGUUAUCAAGUAGUAAGAAAAGCGUCCAAGAUGACGACUUGAGUUUCGGUUCUUAUAAACCUUCACUGGGAAGACGAGAGGAGCCAGCUUAUAACCCAUCGUUUGCUAGCGAACCGAGCAAGCCCGCUAGGAGAACGAGUGGUCUAGACUUUGGUCGAGACAAACUAGCUAAGGAGGCUUCGGUAGAAAAAGAUGAUCCAGUAUUCGGUGGGUACCAGCCAACCUUUGCAAACAAACCUAAUAAGGAACCAAAGUCGCAGCGAGAUGAUACCGAUGAUAUCUUCGGCGCUGUUCGGAGACAGCCGAGGAGACCUCGAGGGGAAGCGACAAAUCGGACGGCAGCGUUCGGUGACGAUCUCUUCAGCGACGGCAAACCCGAUAAGAACGAUGAACCUUUAUUCGGAAAUGACGGGAUUUCUGGUCCAACCCCUAAGGUUGCAAAGGGCAGUUAUCCUUGGGAGAAUAAAGUCAGUGUGGCUAGUAAGAAAGAGGACGAUAGCUUGUUGCCGAGGAGAAAAAAAAUACAGGGUUUCGGACAGGGGGCCGAGACGAGAGCUGUGGGGAACGCACUAAAUGACACCCUAGAGGAUGAUAUUGAAGAAGUCAUAUUAUAGAUCUAAGAAAUCUUUAUUGUUGAAUUUUUGUCGUUUUUUUUGUCUGAAAUCGUCAACUUUUUUAGAUCUUUAUAUAAAAUAACAAAUCCUGUACAAAGUGUGCAUAUAUUUAUAUGUAUAAAAAAGUCUGGACAAAAAGCCAUACACAGAGUGUCUAUGUACUCUAUGUACUAUGUACUGAAAUAAUUGAAACAUGAAGUUUUCAUUAUUUUAUCUUGACGAAAAUUAAAACCAACUUGAUAUAUAGA